AUGCUUCUACAGAUCAACAAGACCUUCUUGUUCUUGGUGAUUCUUGCCUUCUUUCUCAGCGGAACAUUAGCACAGGACUUUCUAGAGAGGUGAGUGUGGGUUGAUAUUAUAAAUUUAAAGCUGAAUAUUAAAUUUUUGAAAUUUUUGGCCUAAUUUUAGCUAUGUUUAUUAAUUUUUUUAUCAUUUUUAAAAAUUUUUAUUGUUUUACAUGUUUGUUAUCAAUUUAAAUUAACAUAACAACAAACAUGUUAAGAAAUUUAUACUUUUACGCAAAGAUAAAAUAGACUAAGUCACAGUUAUCUUUGGAUAACGUAGAACAAAUUCUAUUAUAAUGUCUUGUUUGGUAAACAAUUUGGCUAAUACAAACAAAUAAAAGUCAGUUUAAAGUGUAAAAUACGGUAUAAUAUGUUUUUGAUCGUUUAAAAAUCCAAAUAAUUGGUUUGUAAAAAAAGUUUUUUUAGUUAUUACAAAAGAGCACCAAUGGACAGAGCUUCAAUGGUACGUUUCGGUAAAAGAGCACCAAUGGAUCGAGCAUCCAUGGUUAGGUUUGGCAAACGGGACAGUGGAGACCUAGAGUAAGUUUUUAGCUGUUUUAUAUAAAAGGUAUAGAAAAGGUUCUAAAUAUCUUAUAGAACCAUAUUUUUUAAAACUUGAUUUUAUAAUAAACCCUAUUAUCAAUUGUUACAGUUUUGAAAAACGAGCACCGAUGGACCGUGCUUCAAUGGUACGCUUCGGUAAAAGGGCCCCAAUGGACAGAGCGUCAAUGGUCAGGUUUGGCAAACGUGCCCCGAUGGAUCGGGCAUCGAUGGUACGAUUCGGCAAACGCUCAGACUUUGAUGAUGUUGAAUAUGUAAGUUGAAAACGUUUCCAUUUAUUAAAAUUUAAGCCUGGUAUUUUUUUUAAAGCAAUUUAUAGCAAGUACAGUUUUGUUAUUAUAUUAUAGUAUGGUAUUAUGACAUAAUGUACCCCUUUUGUCUUAAAAAUUGAAAACAAAAUGUUAAUUUAAUAUAAAAUAAAUUUUUUAAACCAAAUAAUUUUUUAUUUUUAGUGA